AGUCGCUUUGUUUCGUGUUAGUCCGAUUUUCCCACUCACGCUCGUUUGAUCUCGUAGGUAGCAGCUGUGGGAACGACACAGUUGCACCAUCACAAGAUUGUAUUUAUUUUCAUCACAUAUACACAUACAUCACCAAAGGACCAACGUAGUCUUUGUCCUUCUCCACAAAAGACAUGUCGCUGGGAAUAUCCGCGAGGCUCAGCAAGUACCCCAAAAAACACGAUCUAGUCAAAUCACAUAGCCAGUCGCAAAUUUUGGCCAACAAAUUGAGACAGGAUGGGGUUAUGUCCACAGUUGAAAAUGUCAUGCAGGCUGUUGAUCAUGUUGCUGCUGUUUUGGCAUCACCAAGCAUUGAUCCAUCAAUAUCCUAUAAAGACAGCAUUAUCAAUUUGUGUCAACAUUUAAAGGUUUAUGGCGCAUACCUUGACAUUCUGUUUCAAGACCAACUGAAUCGAGCCUUCGUGGUGUUCCGAAACAGCUCCCAAGAUGAUGUUCGACUCGAUUAUUUAUCACGACUGCACCUACUCGAAUUAAUCGAACUACGAGCUAAAGAUUGGAAGGGCUCCGACCACAUGAACCAGUAUUACCGGAAGAAGGUCGAAGCUACCGAGAGCAUACAAUCGCUGACGGAAUCGCUGCUGGCAGCGUCCACUCCACCGUUAUUGGCUCCUGGGGAAGUAAUAAAAGCUUCUGGGAAGUUCAAGCAGCCGACUAAGAUACCGGGGAAGAAUUACUGUAAGGACGAGGUGGUAAUAAGAAACGCCGAUUCCGGAAAAGUUAUGGGUAUCAAAGGACGCAGGGUGCAUAUGAUCGAAGAACUUAGCGAAACGAUUAUUUCGUUUCAGAAAGUCAAUCCGGGGGCUAAAGAACGUUUAGUCCAAAUAACGGGUGCCACUGAAGAAAGCAUUGUUCACGCGAAGCAGUUGAUUGAGGACACCAUUAGACGAAAUGCAUCUCCGGUCAGAGAACACGGAGUUGCAAUUGGUGGCCCACUAACUGGAUCAAGUUCAAGCAUUAAUUCAUCUGCUUCCGAUGAAAGUGCUUUACCGCAUGGCACAAGCGGAAGUUCUCAUGUCUCCCGGGCUCUUCUUCAUAGUUUGAGCACCAACGACGCCAGCUUGGGCGAAUACAAGUACACCGUCGUUACUGGUGGACACACCAUUAAAAUUACCGGUGACAACUUGGAUUUGGUUCGUACUAGUAAACUCGUACUCGACGAGUAUUUCUCUGGCGAACCGAUCCACGACAUCGGGCAAUUUUACAGCUUCGACAGUUUGCCUCAACCAAUUAUAACGAACGAUCUGCCACCAAUUCCACUAACCACAGAAUCCCUACCACCACCGACCGUAACUGCAUUAUCCAAUGGACAAACGGAAACCGAUGGUUCUCAAGUUGCUCCACUGAGAAGACCCCAUAUACCUAUUGAGGACAUAAUGUUGGGUAAGUCAGAGGCAUCUGUGCACCAAUACACACUCGAAUAUUUGGCCUGCUUGGCUCGAUCUCCUAUGUGCCGAACACCACCAGAAGAUUGGGAAAAGAUGCAAACCGAGUAUCCGAAUCUGGUUCGCAAAACACCGGAAUUGUUUGACGUCAAGGGUUACUUAGCUUAUCGUUGUGGCGACAAGAUGGCUAGUGUUCUAAGUGCCGAUGAAGUAGACGUUUCUGAGGUCUGAAUAUAAUUCAAUGAAAGAAAUAAUAAAAACAUAUUACGUAAGAGGGGAAGUGAUUUAAAAAAGGUAAUAUUGUUGCUUAAAAUUUGAGUGUUUUCUUUAAGCAGAGCGUUCAAGUGAAUGCUUGCAAUUGAUUUUAAUUAAAUCUGAAUUCUGGCUUGAGUAAGAUCGAGUGUAAUAUAUUCAUUUAAAAUGUUUGUUUUUAGAAUGCAUUCAAAGGUUAAGUUUGUGCUGCCUAGUUUACUCACUUAA